GUCACGAUUGUGUUUGAUAUAUGUCUGUCAUAUGACCGGAAAAGUUAAAAGGUAAAAUUAGAUGUUGUGUAUAAACACAGAACAUUACAGAUCUGCUGUAUAUUAGAGGUGUGUUGACGAACAGUAAGCUAUCGACAAUGGCCGCAGAGUUUCCAAACGUUAUUGAGCUAAACGUUGGCGGUAUGCUGUAUACGACAACGUUGUCGACGCUUCGCACAUAUGAAGACAGCAUGUUGGCCGCCAUGUUUAGCGGACGUCACGUGAUUCACCGAGACAAAGACGGUCGCUUCAUGAUCGACUGCGACGGCAAAAUAUUUUGUCAUAUCCUGGAAUUCCUGCGCUUCGGAACGCUGCCACCUAGCGACGUUUCUGAAGCAGUGCACAGACAUGCGGAAUACUUCGGACUUAAUGAGCUUUCGUCAAAGCUGCUCGACUAUAAAAACGUGAGGAUUGCCUGUGAAUUUACUGCCAUUAAAGCUCGCAAUCCGUUCUUUUUGAUGGUUAUCAGCAAGAUUAUCGACUUGUUAAAGCCUGUAAUGUACGCACAUAUCGCGAAAACAAUAAUUAUAAUUUUAAACGUCUCCGAAAGGAAAACAACCCUAGUCUAUACUCUUAAGGGACUUACCAGAAGCGGUUAUGCAUUCCUUUACAGAUAUAAUGGGACGGUGGUUAACCAGGAAGAAAUAAUACCAGAUGUAAAAUGUCUAAGAUUAAAAUUAUUUACAGAUGAAUGCAAUUUCGAAACUAUUAACAUCGCUGAACUAUUGUUUGUAGUGACACACUUUCUACAGGAACAUGGGUACGGGAAACGUGUUGGAUAUAGCUUACACCCAUACCCCAAAAAUCAAUCCAUCUACAGCAGCUCUGCUAAAGAUAUAGGAUACAUACAAAUAUCCAAGGACCAUGUUAGUUCUAACAUAGUUUUGAAUAUUUCUUCUCCGUCGAGUAUGGAAGCUGAAAGCCUGUAAACUACCUGCUUACUUUUAUAGCAAAUGCGUGUAUAACUUUUGUAAUUCACUCAUAUUCCGAUGACACUUUUCCUAAAUACCUGCCCGUGUAACUCUGUGAAAGGGCGAGAGACACGUCAAUACUUCUAAUUACUGGACAGUUAACGUUGUGUGCGUGUGGUGACUGACGGGCGUUCGUUUCGUAGGCCUAUACUUGACCUACACAUACCAAAGUAUUCUGACUUACACGAGUUUGUUUUUUAGUUGUAUGGUUUCUUAUCAUUUGUGUUGCAUUAUUUACAAUGCGCAUGCUGUUCUUCAUAAUAUCUUUGCUCUAAUGACAAUACAAAGUUUGCAAGCAUUAUCUUGUACAACCAAAAUUGUACAUACGUUU